GUGAGAAAAGGGAGUGAGUGAAGGAGAGAUGCAGGCAAGUCCAUGUAAGUAUAAAAGCUUGCAGCGUGGACUUUCACACCCUGGCAGUCAGAAGGAAAGACAGAGGGAACGUUUAAUUAAAGUGGUAACGAGAGACACCUCAGCACUCGCUUAACGGCAGAAUGAAGGUCGCCCUGCUGUUUGUCGCACUGAGUGUGAUUCUCGCUCUGGGCGCCUGUUCGGAAUCGCAGGAGAGCAAUGAAUCACCCGAAGAUUUCUUUUCCAACCAAGCCCACGCCAACUCGUUCCUUGACAACCAAGAAAGAGGCAACAACAAUAGAAGGGUCCAGAAGUCUCCAGCAGAGAGACAGGCAGAGAUCUGCGAGAAUUAUGCUCCUUGUCGUGUCUACGCCUAUCACUAUGGCUCCCAGUAUGCUUUUGACAGAUAUUUCCCCAAUCAAAAUACCAACAAUGGUAGAAAAUAAAAAAAAUAAGAUCACAUAAAAAUGAAAAAGCACAUAAAACACAUUUUCUUUCUUCGUUUUUUGUGCUGUCUACAUAAUAUCUGUUAUAAUCUUUCUUGCUCAUAUUGUUAGAACUUGAUGAUGCAUCUCAACAUUAAUGAUCUAAACAAACAUGUCAUUUGCAAGAAAUACUUGCUUUUUUAAAAUGUCUGAAAUUCAAGGCAAUGCUUUCGGUGAGGAACAAGUCUACGAUGUUUUUAAGUAAAAAUGUGUCACAACUGUACUCUUCACCAUAUUAAUACUGAGAAUAACCAUACAGGGGCCUUGUUAUGGGGACUUUUCCGGAUAAGAAGCAGUGGCUUCUGGGAGAUGAUAUGCAGUAUUGUAGAUGGGACUUUGCUGUAGUGUUAUUUUGUUGUCGCGUGAAACAUCGGCGCAGAUAUCCUGGGCAGGUCCAUGUGUGAGAUUCUCUGAAAUAUCAGCCACAAUAAAUCAGACUGUGCAUAUCA